GGCUACCUGUGCUAGCUAGACCUUAUACAAAAUGGCUGCCUCUAUGGCCCUUCUGAAGUCAUCAAGCCUAUGGUCGAAUUCUGUACGAUGUUUACAUCUCUCGACCUUUUUAUCUCAACUGAGAGUCCUCCAGAGACCUGUGUGUUCGUCUAGUGAUGUAAAUCCGUUAUUCAAACAAAAGGAUUUGCCGAAUUUCAGAGCAAUUCUACCAGAACACGUUGAACCUGGGAUCACGCAACUCGCGCAAACAUUCGAGGAGGAUUUCCAAGAUUUCGAGAAUAAGCUUGACGGAGUUGAAGCAAGCAAUGUAUCAUGGGAAUCCAUUGUUGAACCAUUAGAAAAAAUUAACACAAAAUUAGAGUUUGCAUGGGGUGUGGUCUCUCAUUUAAACCGUGUGAAAAAUAGCAGCCCUCUCAGAGAAGCUUAUCAAAAGGUACAACCUUCAGUUGUCAAGGCAUCUACCCUUGUAUCCCAGAGCAAGCCACUAUACACAGUUCUUCAGAAAAUGGAGAGGCAAUCCCAACUAGAUGAAGGCCAAGGGAGAAUUGUUAUGUCCAUGUUGCGUGCAGCCAGAAAUGGGGGUGUUGGUCUGGAAAGGGAGAAAAAGGAGAGAUUCAAUGACAUCAGACUCAAGCUAGCUGAACUUAGCAAUAACUUCAGUAAUAAUGUACUGGACUCCAUCAAGCAGUUCUCUAUAAUUGUGAAUGAUAAGGAGAAAAUGCAAGGCCUGCCUCCAUCAUUUCUUCAGCUAACUGCUGACGACAAGGGGGAGGCUAAUGCUGACACAGGCCCAUGGAAACUCACCCUUGACAUGCCUUGCUUUGAACCAUUUAUGAAAUACAGUGAGAACCGGGAAUUGAGGGAACGGAUGUACAAAGCCUUUAUCUCCAAGGCUUCGUCAGGACAAACUGACAACUCAAAAAUUAUUGAGGAAAUCAGGGAACUCAGGCAGGAGAAGGCAGAACUACUUGGAUUCAAGGACUAUGCCAAUCUCUCUUUAGACUCCAAAAUGGCUGGUACCCCAGAAAAUGUCUGGAACCAUAUCACUGAGCUGAAGACAAAGAGUAAAAAUGCUGCUGAAUGGGAAAUCAAACAACUGCAGAUGUUCGCAGACAAAAAUGGAUUCUCUGGCAAGCUACAGCUGUGGGACAUCCCUUAUUGGGCAGAGAAACAGAGGCAACAUCUAUUUAGCUAUAGUGAUGAGCAACUCAGGCCAUAUUUCCCACUAGAAAGGGUUUUGGAAGGCCUUUUUCAACUGACGUCUGAGAUCCUUGGUGUUUCAGUUAAGGCAGCUGAUGGAGAAGCAGAGGUUUGGCAUAAAGACGUCCGCUUUUUCAAGAUUUACAACGAAAACAAUGAGCACAUGGCUUCGUUCUUCUUGGAUCCAUAUUCACGGCCGGCGGAGAAGAGCGGGGGAGCCUGGAUGGAUCAGUGUGUAGGAAAGAGCAUACUGCUGCACAGGAAACCCGUCGCGUACCUUGUGUGUAACCAGUCUCCCCCGUCCGUGGAUGGCAAAACCCCUUCACUGAUGACUUUUCGUGAAGUCGAAACACUUUUCCACGAGUUCGGUCACGGACUUCAGCACAUGUUGACAACAGUCCCGUACUCAGACGCAGCUGGCAUCAAUAACGUGGAGUGGGAUGCGGUUGAGGUCCCGUCACAGUUUAUGGAAAACUGGGUCUACGACAGGACCACAAUGGAUCUGAUCAGCGGUCAUUACCAAACUGGCGAUCCCCUCCCUGAUGACGUCUUCAAGCAAGUUUGCAAAGCUCGUCAGUACAUGGCUGGUUCUCAGAUGCUUCGUCAGCUUUACUUCUCCGCCCUCGAUAUGGAGCUACACGCCAGCCGCGAACACUGGCUUACCGUGCUACGGCGGAUCGCCGAUGAGUUCACCGUGAUAAAGCCGCACCCAAAUGAUCGGUUUCCCUGUGGAUUCCUGCACAUCUUCAGCUCUUCGUAUGCUGCAGGAUACUACUCUUACAAGUGGGCCGAGCUGAUGUCUGCUGAUGCGUUCAGCGCGUUCCAAGAAAAGGGACUGGACAACAGGGACGAACUCGCGAAAGUUGGUAAAAGAUUUCGUGACACCAUAUUGGCAAAGGGUGGGUCACGCCAUCCCCGUGACGUAUUUGAGGAGUUUCGCGGUCGUCCCGCUAAGCCAGACGCUCUGCUUGCCUUAUAUGGACUCAGCUAGCGACAGAGCAAACUAUUACAUGGCCCUUCCGAGUGUUAUCACGAGCGUGACAAAAAAACAGACGCUCUGCUUGCCUUAUAUGGACUCAGCUACCAACAGAGCAAACUAUUACAUGGCCCUUCCGAGUGUUAUCACGAGCGUGACAAAAAACAGACGCUCUGCUUUCCUUUUAUGGAGCAGUAGUAAACUAUUGCGUGACCAUCCGGGAUCUUAUUAUUCGGGAGGUUUUGCGUACAUCCACGAAAUUACCACAAAUAAAAAAAAAACACUAUUACUGUUGUGUAUUUAACGAUGAAUAUAGUGAAAAAAUAAAAGCAUGAAUGGCAGGAA